UCCACAAUACAUACAUAUCUAAACCUAAAACCCCUAUAUAUAUCCCCACAUUCAACACAUUCACCAUCUUCUUCAAUUGAGUAUCAUACAGUAUAGUGCAUGAAUAAUGUCUGGCGUUUGGGUGUUCAAGAACGGUGUGGUUCGACUGGUGGAGAACGCUGGAGAGUGCCACAGCAAGAAGAUGCUAAUACAUGUGGCCUCAAAUGAGGUGAUGGCAUCAUAUGCUGUGUUGGAGAGGAAAUUGUUGCAGCUUGGAUGGGAGAGGUACUAUGAUGAUCCUGAUCUGCUGCAGUAUCACAAGAGAUCAACGGUCCAUCUCAUCUCUCUCCCCAAAGAUUUCAACAAGUUCAAAUCCAUGCACAUGUAUGACAUCGUUGUCAAAAAUCGAAAUGAGUUUGAAGUAAGAGAUCUUUAGUGAUAUGAGAUGAUCAACUAAGUUUAAUUUCUAGGGUUUGUUUUUGUGUGUGUGUGUUUGUUUGUUUUACUUUGUGUGUUUUAACUAGGGAUGAUCGUCUCUUUAUUGUAUUAUAUCUUCUUGAUUUGGGUUUGUAUUGUAAGAAAAAUGGAAUAAGGGGUAUGGAGAUUAUAUUGUAGGAAUUUGACGUAGUGAACUUACAAGAUUGUCUAGUUUGGAAUUUUCAAGAUAAAUAAA